AUGUCGAAUAAAUUUCACGAAAGUUUUUUAAAAUACUCAGUAAGAGGUUGCCGCGCAAUUAGCCUCUUAAUAGGUCUUUGGCCAAUGGGGUUUUCACCAAUUCAAAAAAUUAUGAAAUUUAUUCUAAACUUCACAUGCUGUUUUCUCUUGAGUUUUGUCUUUAUUUCAAGUGUCCUUCAUGGGUCCUUAGUAAUGAAAGAUUUAGAACAAAAAGUGAAACUUACAGGACCAACGAGUUUUCUAUUAAUGUGUAUUUCAAAAUACACAUUAUUAAUGUAUCGCGGGAAGGGGUUAGAAAAAUGCUUGAGCCACAUACAAGAAGAUUGGAAACAAAUAAAAGAUAAAGAGCAGGUAGAAGUCAUGACGAAAAAUGCUAAAUUUGGAGAUUAUUUGACGAUUGUGAGUGCAAUUUUUAUGUACUGUGGUGGUUUCUGGUUUCAUUUUUUGAGACCUUUUAUAGCUGAAGCCAUUGUAACGGAAAAGAAUAUCACAAUUAAACCAUAUCCAGCGCCAGUUUUUGGUACCUUUUUUACGAAUGGCUACAGUCCAAUCUAUGAAAUUGUUUUUGCUGCUCAUCUUAUCACGGGAUUUGUGGAAUAUUCUGCGACUGUUUCAGCAUUUAGCUUUGCAGCGGUUUUGGCUUUACAUGCAUGUGGACAAUUCGACGUUGUUAUGCUUCUUUUACAUGAUAUUGUUAGUGGGGAUAAACAAAAACACAAAUCUGUGCGUGAAAGAUUAAAAGUUACUGUUGAUCGACAUUUGAGAGUUCUUAGUUUUGUUUCUCGAUUGGAGGACUUGUUGUGUGAAGUGUGCCUGAUCGAAGUGUUCGGUUGUACACUAAAUUUGUGCUUAUUGGGUUAUUAUAUAAUUACGGAAUGGAAACAAUCGGACAUAACUUCAGUCACGACGUAUAGCCUUAUAUUGCUAUCUUUUAUUUUUAAUAUUUUUAUAUACUGUUACAUUGGGGAACUAUUAACAUCACAGGCCGCGAAAGUUGGACAAUCUGCAUACAUGAUAAGGUGGUACAACUUGCCAAGAAGUGUAAGUCUUGACAUCAUUCCUGUGAUCAGGAUAUCACAUAAUCCAGCCAAACUUACCGCUGGGAAAAUAAUUACAUUGUCUAUGAACACUUUUAGUUCUGUAAUCCGAUCGUCCGCAGCCUACUUCAACGUUUUGUGGAGAAUGGCGCUAUGAAUUUUCCUGUGCUGUCGAAAAUAACUUACAAAACUUUUGUUAUUUGUUUUGCUUACUUGAAUUAGGAAUCCACUAUUACUCUUCCAAAAUUAAUUUUUGAUUUAACGACCUUAAAAAAAGAAACUUUAAAGUAAAGG